GUAGACCUCCCACUUACUUAAAACGGUGGGGAGAGAGAGAGAGAGGGUGAUUCCCAAAUAAACCGACACGCAGCUUCACUCUCGUUGCUUUGAGGAGGUAAUAAAGUAUUCUCGCAUUUUUUUUUGCUACCGACAGAGGAUGGCCCAUAACAGCGGAGGAGAAGAAAAAUGUGGUCGAUAACAUUUUAGCUUGAGGGAUUUGACGACUGGUGGGGACAGGUGAUAUAACAACACAGUACGAUGUGAACGGUUGACGAACAUGAAGCCUGCACACAAACUACUGUUCGUCCUGUGUCCCAUGCUGGUCUUGGGGUUCAUCUACUACUCUUCUGGGAAGCUCCAUUUGCACGUAUGGGGCCAGAAGCCACAUAAAGAUGUGGCGCCCACAUUAAAAGUCACUAAACUCACUAGUGUUUCUGUCAAAACCACUGUGACCAAAGAGCCGGUGGUGGAGGGCCCUGUCUCCGUGGGACGAAUAGUAGGCUCAGGUACAGCCUCACUGCAAAGAGUGCACUCUGGUCAGCAUGAGAACCCCAGCAGGCCUGUGUUUGAUAAGCAAGGGUUCUCGCUGAAUCUGGACACAAAGCUGCCUCCGGAGUUGGUGUACAAGUAUGGAAACCUUAGUGAAGGAUCCUGCAAACCCGGCUAUGCAGCAGCCAAAAUGAGUUCUAUCUAUCCAAAGUUUAGUAAGCCAGCUUCCAUGUUUCUGGACCGAAACUUUAAGCGACUUGCAAAAGUUACAAACUUUUUACCUCCAUUUGGAUUCAAAACACAAGAAAGAAUCAUAGAUGUUAUAUUAACUGCCACAAAGAAUUAUGGACUGGGUCCAGAUAUAGAUGGUUUGAGUUGUAAAAGAUGUAUAAUAGUAGGUAAUGGCGGUAUCCUUAGCAACAAGUCUUUAGGAUCCCGCAUCGAUGAAUAUGAUGUUGUGAUAAGACUCAACGAGGCCCCAGUGAGUGGUUACACCAGGGAUGUGGGUACUAAGACCACCCUGAGGAUAACCUAUCCCGAAGGGGCCAUCCAGAAGACCGAGCGCUAUGAGAAAGAUUCCCUCUUUGUCUUUUCUGCUUUCAAACCUCUCGACUUUAAAUGGUUGAGACAGAUGGUCUUCAAAGAGAAACCGCAAGGAACAGAGGGCUUCUGGAAGUCUGUAGCGCACUCUGUGCCCCGGCAACCCUCAGAGAUACGGAUCCUCAACCCCUACUUCAUACAAGAGGCUGCCUUCCAGUUUAUUGGCCUUCCACAGAACAAUGGCCUCAUGGGAAAAGGGAACAUUCCAACGUUGGGCACCGUCGCCAUCACGAUGGCCCUUCAUAACUGUGAUGAGGUUGCUGUUGCAGGAUUUGGCUAUGACAUGAACACCCCUCAUGCACCCUUGCACUACUACGAAACAGUCAAAAUGUCUGCCAUAAAAGAGUCAUGGACUCACAACAUCUCAAAAGAAAAGGAGUUUCUCCGCAAGUUGGUGAAGGCCAACAUUAUCACAGACUUAACCAAUGGGAUUUGAACCUCCCAAGGUGGGUGCCUUUCUAGGAGGACUCAAAAACACAGAGUCCUGAGAAACCCUGGACUAGACAACACGGAGGAGCGAGAUUUCAGAGGUGGGACCAAUGGCUGAGUUAAGAUGCACAUGUGCCUUCUAACCGACAGGCUUCCUCUGAGUGGGGCAUUGAAGGAUUCUUGAAUGUCUUGGGAGACAAUCCUUGUUCAAGUACAGAUGGAAGAUAUCAGAGACUUUGAGGUGACCAACACACACAGCGCUUGAGGAACGAGUCGCAACAUGAACUGAUUGUGCCAAAUGUACCUCUUUCAGAGGAGAUGUCUCUCCUCUCCUGCCUGAAUGUAUUAACGGUGUAAAUAUGAAAGAUUUUUACGGUGCAUUUUAAUGAACUGCUACGGCCCCUGGGGUUCUGCCUUCACACGUGAUUCUCCGUCCAGGGCAAUCAGUGCAUAUCCUGCCCUAGUGUGAGGAAGGGCAGAGGCAGGUCUUUGAUUCAGCCCUUCUUCUGAGCACAGGAGGCUCUUUAUCUCCUGAAUGUGAGCUUAUUAUGUUACAGCUUCUUUUGUCAAAGAAAGAAGCUCAAUCUUGAAGUUAUUUAUUUUGGUGCACAGAUGAAGGCCUUUUUUUUUUUUUUUUUUUUUUUUUUUUUUUGGAAAGCUCCCUUUCCAAAAUGUAUUAUUAAUACCACAAUUUGCUUUAGGUGAAAAACUGAGUACCUAUUAGGGGUGUACCGAUACCAAUUUUUUCCAAUAUAAUUCUGAUACCUGAAUUGUUGAAACUUGCUAAAUACACACUACUUUGUUAUGAAUAAGCAGAAAACCCAAGAAAAAAAUACAUAUUUUAUGCUAUUGUUCAAAUGUUUGGAAUUAUUUAUUUUAUUCGUUUUUUUUAUUUAUUUUAAAACAUUUAUCUUAUAAUUAAUCAUAUUCCGCAAGAAUGCAUUAAAUUGAUCAAAAGUGGCAGUAAAGACUGUUAAAUUGCUACAUUAAAUAUAUUCAAAUUAAUGCCAUUUCUUUUUCUUCUUCCAAAAUAAUAAUAAUAAUAAUACAGUACAGUAGCAACAACCAAAACAUUUAGAAAAUGCGAAAUACAGUCCUUAAAAAGGAAAAAAAGAAAAAGAAAAACAUUUUAUACACAGAUUAUGCAUAACGGGAACAUUGGGACAAUUAGGACAGGGUUUUACUGUUAUGACUGUUGUAAUCGAUAAUGCUAAAUGGAUAAUGACAUUUUGACAUUAUACAUAUUCUAAUGUUCAAAAGCUUGGGGUCAAUGGUUUUUUUUUUUUUUUUUUUUUUUUUUUUUUUUUAAUUCUUAUUAAACAAGGAUGAAUUGGUCACACUUUAUUAUAAGCUUCAAUUCUCGCUAUUAACACUACCAUUAAAUAUUACCUUUGCCUCAAAUUCUUAAUUUGCUGCUAAUUAAUAGUAAGGAAGGUAGUUGUUAAGUUUAGGUAUUGGUAGGAUUAGGGAUGUAGAGUGUUCAUGGAGAAUAUGUGCUUUAAAAGUACUAAUAAACAGCCAAUUUGUUAAUACAGGCAUGCUAAUAAGCAGCUAUUUAAUAGUGAGAAUUGGUCCCUAUACUAAAGUGUUCCCGGUGUAUUAAAUUGAUCAAAAGUGACAGUAUUGAAUUUUACAUUGUAAAAUUAGUAAUUUUGUUUCAAAUAAAUGCUGUUUAAUAUUUUA